GUGCUAGUGUGUGUGUACAGUAUGUAUGGUUCUGCACACGUAUGUCUGUCACGUGAGUGUAUGCGCAUGCUUUGGAGUCAAAGAGAGGGUGAAAGUGCAAGAUUGACUUCAUUGCGUUUGUCAGUCAUGCCAAUAGCUCACAUUUGCACUGAUGGAGAAUACAGAGAGACAAAAAGACACAAAAACAGAACUCAGCAAGAGGCACGGGUAGGAGAGAAAAGAAACAGAUGAACAGGGCCAUGUCUCUACUGCUGACUGCCCAUUGCUUCCAUUAGAGGGCACUACGGAAAGCUGCAAUGGGGGACCGCGCAGCAGUCGAGCCCCAGGAUCACUCUCCUUUCCAGGGGCUGUAUUUUCCCCUGGCUGAGGAACAGCGGUCAGGGCAGCACUUCUGCAGUGACUCCCUGAAAGAGCUCGGGCAGUUUGGGGCCACGGCAGAGAGCAGUGACCCCCACAGUCAUCACAGCGUGAGCUGCAGCAGCGUCGGCAACGCCGGCCUCGUCCGCGGUGGGCGGAGCUCCAGCGCGUGCACGCCUGAGGACGACAGGAGCGCCAGCGGUUGGAUUAGCCCGUCUCUCGUUCACGCGCAGGCGGACGUCAGUGCAGGGAGAUUUGGGGGCGGGCCGGGAAGAGGCCUUUUUCAGAGCGAGGGGUACCUGGCAAAGUGGCACCCAGCUCACCGCCACCAGGGAAAAUUCGGGAGAGGGGCAGGAGCUUGUGAACAGAAGCUGGAUUCCUUCACGGAAGCAUUUGCUAGGCGCUCACCAAACAUGCCCCCAGUCCAAAAUGGAGGCCGGGGAGGCAUCUUCAGUACCAUUUCCGGACUUGUAGUGGGCGGAGUUAACGGUAGAGUAGACGCAACAGGGACGGUAACAGACUCCUCAGCGCCUCCCCCUCCUCUCCUCCUCAGCCCCCCGCCGACCCCGCUCUCCUUACCCCCUCUCUCCCCGCCUCGACGCUCGCACUUUCCGGCUGUGGAGGUCACGCAGUCGAUGCAGCUGAUGCAGGCUGACGUGCCUUGCAGCGCUGCGCAGUUCUGCGCUAGUCUGCAGACGUACUACUCCCAGUCGCUUAUGCAGCCCGCCCACUCUCCUGGCCCCAUCCUGGCUGGAAAAUGCUCUCCCUUGGACUGGGUGCCACACUCAGAUGACCCAAUGGGGAAUGGAGACUCUUCAUAUCCACACCUCCAGGACAAGGACUCUGACCCCGCCUUGAUUUACCCUGGAGAGGAAGAGUACGGCCUGAGACACACGGCCUUCAAUCACCAGGAGGUCUUCAGGAGCACAGAUGCAUGCAACCUUCAGACCCCUCUCAGCUCCCCCCAGGGCCAGUACCCACAAUCCUCUGUGUCAUUCCAGCCAGAUCACAAUCCCACAUCCUCCACAGAUCAUGUGACCUCCUGGAGCCAGGAGGCUUUAGACAGAGGUCUACCCUUGACCCACAAUCAUCCCUUACCCCCCUGCUCCAUGCUGUCACUACCCCACCCCCAAAGUGAUGAGUUUAGGCCAGGGGAUGGGGACAAGCAAUAUUUUGGGUCUCAGGCAACAGUAAGAGGAGCACAAUGUACCACAAAGGUGAAGAACGGAUCUUAUCUGAGCUACACCGGGCUCCCUUUCCAAAGCAUCCUGCAGAUCGGGAGAGCUCCGGAGGCACCUAGAGCGCCCCCCCACUACAGCCCCCGCCCCAUGCUGAACCCCAUCCGCAGGGGGACUGGGCUCUAUUGCAACCUGCUGCCCCUGUCCUACCUGCAGUCUCAUUUCAGUGACCAGCAGAGCUCGUGGCCUGAAGAGAACUGCCUCCCACUCCCUCAGGUGAAUGUGGGCCCAGAAUUCCAGGCCGAGGUGCCGCAGUUUCCGGAAUGCAGGUCCUAUGACCAUUGGCUGGAGGAAUCUCCAAAGGAACAGUUGUUAUGGAAACCUUGGGAUGACCUGGAAGAGAGCAAUGAUCUACAGGAACAAGUGGAGAACCUUCUGGAUCUGUGCAGUUCCAGUGCCAUGCCAGGAGGGGGCACCAACCUAGAGCUUGCCCUGCACUGCCUUUCCCGUUGCCAGGGUGACAUGCUGGCUACUGUGGAGAUGCUCUUGCUGUCCACUCCUUCAUCAUCAGAGGAUUACCAUUACUGUGGUAGUGACGUCUGGAUGCUGAGUGAAAAAAGAGUAUUUAAUAAAGCAUUUGGCACCCACAGUAAAGACUUCUCCCUGAUCCAAAAGAUGGUAAAGACAAAGAGUGUGUCCCAGUGUGUGGAGUUCUAUUACCUCUCCAAGAAGAUGCUGGAGCAGCAGCGGAAACAGCAGGAACGAGAGAAAGUGGCGAAGGAGGAGAGGAGCGGUGUGGCGGAGAGCAGCCUGGUGCCCAUCCCUCACUCACUGGGAAAACCUUUAAUGAUGGAGGAGCCAAUUCUAAGCCCCUCACUGGCUACAAACUUCCCGUGCAAACAGUGUGGAAAGAUGUUUUACAAGAUUAAAAGCCGCAACGCUCACAUGAAGAUCCACCGGCAACAACAGGAGGACUGGAGGGAGCGACCACACCCAAGCCAGAUCCUCACCCACAGUCUCACGCAGAAUAUCCCCCAAAAUCAGGCCCGGCUGGCUUUCCUGCAGGCCCCCAACAACCACAUCAGCAACAUCAACAACGCCAACCAUAACACCGCGCCUAACGCCACUGCCCUCCCGCUCUUUCAAACCUGGGACCCCUUUGAUUUGACCUCUGACCCCGGCACCUUCUACUACAACUCAGAAGGGAAAGUAGUGCUUGGUGUGGCGGGAGCACCUAAAAGCCAGAUUCACUGGCAAUAGCUUCCUUUACUGUUGUCCUUUCCCUCUUCCAGUGUGUAGCAUAUCCACUGCAUGGAUUACUUUCACCAUUAGAUUUACCAGUUUUCAUCAGAAAUGACAGUGAACUAUUGCCAUUUUAUAUUUUUCCACACAGUAAAAGAUCCUGCAAUGAAGGUCUUUCAUAUAAAAAGAUUUCAAUAUCAAUGAAGCUUUGUGUUUUUAAAAAGUUUAAAUAAAUGAAUAAAUGAAUAAAUAAAUAAAUGUCAGUAGCACAUAGUACCUACACUGCCCUGUGGAUUGAACAGCCAGGUGAGCCAGGCGAGCAGCGUUGCUUCAUUCCACAGCCUGUGUGGCUUGGUCUGUCUAACUCAGUAACCUCUGCUUUCAAGUGUUUCUUCAAAAGUAUUUACAGGCUUUGCUUCCAAAAUCUGAAGCUUUGUGGGGUGAUACAGACAUACCUGAAAGUGUGGUAGAUAGAGAGCGAGGGCUGUGCAUUGAAUGAAGUGAGAAAUAAACAACCUUCCUUGGCACAUCUGUACAUAUCAUUAGAAAAAAGAAAAUGGUGGAUCCAAAAAUUAUCUUCCCAAACAAUCUGUGAAAAAUACUCGGAAAUAAUACCCAGCAUUUUAUCUCUCCUGUGAAAUUAAAAAAUUGUGAGACACAACUGGCACAACUGGAAUUCUUACAGGUGAAAAUUAAUUUUUUAAAAGCAACUUAUUAUCAUUGGGUCCCGUUAUCUAUAUUUGGCAUUAUUCAGUUGUGUUUACUGAACAUAUCUAUAUUAUAUAUGUAAUUUGUGUGUUAUCCUUUUUUUUGGAAAAAUAAAACAUUUUAACCUAUCAUAAUUCAAUAUAUUAUAUAAUGCACUGUAGUGCACACUGUUGUAUGAUUACGAAGCAAAAAUAAGCAAUUUGUUAAAAUUUGUGGUUUAAGUAAACCAAAAACUAACAACACAAGAGUAUUUGACAAGAAUGAGGGGAGAGAGAGAGAAUGAGACCGAGAGAGAGAGAAGGAGAGAGCGAGAUAUUUGUGCAAUUCUGGGUUUAGUUUAAUGCUUUUAAAUACAUUUUCAGCCUUGUACAUUAUGAUGUGCCUAAUAUCCUGAGAACAUUGAAUUCUUAACAUUGUGUAACAUUACACAACCUGUAGAGAAACAAUGAAAACAAAUAAAUAUUUAUUUUUCAA